AUGCCCGCUGAACGCUCGAUGAAGCGAACCAAACGCUCGUCGCCGAUGGCAGAGGGUGAACUUACCUGGGCCGUCUCGGCUGAACCACCAACGUUCCAGCCUAUCAUGUUCACCGAGAACCUGACGCCGGAAACGUUCAACGAACCCCCUCCGAAACAGACCCCAUCAAAGUCCUCUCUAGUGCCAUCGGACGGCGACGCUCUGCCCCAUCCUGCCGGCCACAAGUUGAAGAAACCGGAUGGCCACGUCCCUCGCCCGUGCAACCCAUUCAUCCUCUUCCGAGGAUGGAUGAUCAAGCAGAACCUGGUUCCCCGCGGCGUAGAGGGGAAUCACAGCACGCUUUCCAGCAUCCUCGGCAAGACGUGGCGUAGCCUCAGCGAACCGGGGAAGCAGGUUUGGCGGGACAAGGCGAGGAUGGAACUGGAUCGGCACAAGGCGAAGUACCCCGACUACGUCUUCAAGCCGGAGCACCUCAAGGAGCCUAGCGCGUCUCCAAGGCGCAAGGUCAGGGAGGUCGGGCUCAAGGACGAAAAGCGAUGCGAGGCGAUCGCAGCGCUGCUCGUCCAGGGCAAGUCGGGGGACGAGCUCGCUGCCGCGAUGGAGGAGUUCGACAAGAAUCACGUACCGGAGGUUGUCACACGCUUCGACGCCCCCGUCACUGCGGGUGCUUACAGUCGAGGGUCGUCUGGUCCGGUCAGGUCGGCUCGCAAGGGGAAGGGCAGGAAGCGUGCGGCCAGUUCGCAGGCAACCUGCUCGGAACCCUCCUCCGCAUCAUCGUCGUCAUCGUCGUUGGCGUCGUUGUCCCGCAGCUCGUCGAUCUCGCUGUACGAGUCUUCGGCCAGCUCCUCGUCCUCUCCGUGGUUACCGUCGGACCACAUUGCUCCCUCCGCGGGUCCUACUUUCGACCCCAACAUGUUCGGAUCCUUCGACGAGUACUUACCAUCCGCGUCGAGCCCUUGCGAGCCACUCACGACCUACCCGAAUGCGCUCGAAUUCUUCCCGCAGGGUUCGCAGGAUCCUGGCUCGUCGCAGGCCGUGACGUUCCACCCACCGAUGCUCCACGUUAACACGUCGUACGCGUGGUCUUCAGAUUCAUCGACAUUCUCCAGUGGACCGGGAACACCGAGCUCAUUCGCUGGUGUUUCGGCAACGUUACAUCCCGAUCCCGCGAUGGGCAUGGUCGAUCUCAACGGCCAGCAGCAGAUAGUAGAGCCGUUCGACCCCGCGUCGUUCGGCUACUAUCCGGAGAACGUGCCUGGGGUGGACGGCUCGUACGGCGUGCCGUCGGUGAUCGACGUGCUCGAGGCGACCCAGUUCGAGCCGGCGAAGCCCGCCUACCUCCCGACGUAUAACCCUCCCCCGUACCCGCCGCCGGGGGCCGACCUUUUCGACCAGGCCUUCUCGGCGUACAUGGCGGCCAAUUCCAACUUCGCAUUCUGA